AUGCCCAACACAGUCAACCAAGAUCGUCGCGUCUACGUCGGCAAUCUGCCAUAUAAUGUCAGAUGGACUGAUCUGAAGGAUUUCAUGCGUAAAGCCGGCGAUGUCGUUUUCGCCGAUGUUCUCACUCUGCCCAGUGGCGCCUCGAAGGGAUGCGGUGUCGUUGAAUACGCGACGCGUGAGGAUGCCACAAAUGCUAUCAACUCUCUCACCGGUCAAGAAUUCAAUGGCAGAAAUAUUUUUGUCCGCGAGGUAUUUACCACAUCAUUUUCGUUAUUGACUCAAAUGGCUUCAUCAUUCCCUUCUCUCUCAAUCUAUUAUUUAUUUUUUUGUGGAAACUGGAGAAAGGUUAUGGUGAGGCUAAUGUUGAUAUCCGAAACAAAAAAGCUUCCUUUCAAUAUCGGAUGGCAGGAUUUGAAGGAUUUAUUUAGGCAAGCCGGAAACGUUGUUCGAGCAGAUAUUCGCUCAACCCCGGAUGGUCAAUCAAAGGGGUCGGGUGUUGUUUCGUUCGAGACCCGGGAGGAUGCACAGAACGCGAUUCAGAAAUUCAACGGAUACGACCUCGACGGACAGCGGAUUAUUGUACGGGAAGAUCGGUUUGCUCGUCCGCCUCCUCCGGUCGGUGGAGGUGGCUUUGGAUUCCGCGGUGGGUUUAGGGGGUCGUUUGAUAGACCUCAUAAUCCUCCUCCGCCACCGAAUGAGUUCACCGAUGGCGCGACUGGAAACGGCUCCCCGAGCAAUACCAUCCACGUGAGAAAUCUGCCGUGGUCUACUAGCAACGAAGAUUUAGUAGAGCUGUUCCAGACGAUUGGCAAGGUUCUUCGUGCUGAGAUUCAGUAUGAGCCGAGUGGUCGUUCAAAGGGAUCUGGCGUUGUUGAGUUUGAGAACCAGGAGAUGGCGGAUAUUGCGAUUCAGAAAUUUUCUGGCUACAGCUAUGGCAACAGGUGCGUCUGUGUUUCUGAAUCCAGUUGCAGUUUAGAGGAAAGUACUGACUUACGCCUUCUAUAG